AUGUCGGGCCAACCUUCAACAUCGUCAGGUUCGAUGGAUCAACGAAGGAAAGAUGCCCUCAAGGCAUACCGCGAGAAAAUGCGGAGCCACGAAACUGCGAGCGAGACCCUAAGGAAUUUGCGUUUCUCUCUGAAGGAUCUGGAGAAGGCGUACGAUAAGACGGAGGAGGAUAUCAAGGCGGUUCAGUCUGUUGGUCAGAUCAUCGGCGAGGUCAUGAAGCAACUGGACGACGAGCGAUUCAUCGUCAAGGCGUCGUCCGGCCCUCGAUACGUUGUGUCGUAUCGCCCUACCUUACCAGCGGACAAACUAAAGGCCGGCGUCCGCGUCAGCUUGGACAUGACGACACUCACCAUCAUGCGCAUAUUACCGCGUGAAGUGGACCCGAUGGUGUACAAGAUGAGUCUGGAGGACCCGGGAGGAGCGUCGUUUGCGGGCAUCGGUGGGCUGGGAGAACAAGUUCGGGAACUUCGGGAGGUCAUCGAACUCCCACUCAUAAACCCCGAGCUGUUCCUCCGCGUGGGCAUCAAGCCUCCGAAGGGCGUGCUCCUGUACGGUCCGCCCGGUACAGGAAAGACGUUGCUCGCUCGUGCGGUGGCCGCCACACUCCAGACGAACUUUUUGAAAGUCGUGUCAUCGGCAAUCGUCGACAAGUAUAUCGGCGAGUCUGCGCGUGUGGUCCGUGAAAUGUUCGGGUACGCGCGGGACCACGAGCCGUGCGUCAUCUUCAUGGACGAAAUCGACGCCAUCGGCGGACGGAGAUUCUCCGAGGGUACCAGCGCGGAUCGCGAGAUUCAACGAACGCUCAUGGAGCUUCUAAAUCAAAUGGAUGGUUUCGAUUCACUCGGACGCGUCAAGCUUAUCAUGGCUACCAACCGACCCGAUACCCUGGACCCAGCGUUGCUCCGUCCUGGUCGGUUAGAUAGGAAGAUUGAGAUCCCUCUUCCGAACGAACAGGCCCGGCUAGAGAUUCUUAAGAUUCACGCCGCGCCCGUGAAUAAGAGCGGCGAGAUCGACUACGAAGCCAUUGUCAAGCUUUCUGACGGCUUCAACGGCGCCGACCUGCGUAACAUCGUGACGGAAGCGGGCAUGUUCGCCAUCCGCGACGAGCGAGAGUACAUCAUCCAGGAAGAUCUGUCCAAGGCGGCGAGAAAGGUCGGCGAAGCGAAGAAACACGAGAGUGAGCGUUGCAUCUGUCCAAGCCGCGUGUUCCUUGUGCUGAUUAUGCCUGCGCCGCAGCGAAAAUGGACUAUACCGCACAAUAGACGCGUCCUAUUUUUCGCCUCCUGUUUCUAUUGUGGUCGUCGAUGCAGCUUUGUACCAUACUCACUUGUAUACAUGAUUCUAUAA